AUGGGCGACUUUCAACCGCGUUCACAACCUGCUCUGCGACGACGAAGACAACUUAUCCAACGGCUAUUCCUGAUAGGCAGCGUCUCUUUAUUGCUCCUAGUCCUAAUUUUCCCUUCCUGGAGAGCCACGAUUCUACCAGUCGUAUCCCUUGGGCUUCUUUCUUCCACGGAAGACUUACAAUUACAAACCGUACGAUAUUAUGAUCUGUCAGCUGUUCAGGGCACUGCAGAUGGAUGGGAGAAAGAGGAGCGUGUGCUCAUGUGCACACCUCUUAGGGAUGCCUCGUCCCACCUGCCGAUGUUCUUUUCGCAUCUCCGGAACCUCACAUAUCCUCACCACUUAAUCGACUUGGCGUUUCUGGUCUCGGAUUCGAAGGAUAACACGCUAGAAAUGUUAUCCAGCAUGCUUGGGGAGCUUCAAGCCGAUUCUGAUCCGCACAUGCCGUUUGGUGAAAUCUCGGUUAUCCAUAAGGAUUUCGGACAGAAGGUGACGCAGGAUGUCGAGAGUAGACAUGGGUUCGCUGCGCAAGCUGGGCGGAGAAAGUUGAUGGCCCAGGCGAGGAAUUGGCUGUUGAGUGCUACACUUCGGCCCACCCACAGCUGGGUCUAUUGGAGAGAUGCCGAUGUAGAAACGGCGCCAUUUACCAUCAUAGAAGACCUAAUGAGACAUGAUAAGGAUGUCAUUGUACCAAAUGUCUGGCGGCCGCUCCCUGACUGGUUGGGCGGGGAGCAGCCGUACGAUUUGAACUCCUGGCAGGAAUCGGAAACUGCACUGGCCCUGGCAGAGACGCUGGACGAGGAUGCGGUUAUUGUUGAAGGAUAUGCUGAGUAUGCGACGUGGCGGCCUCAUCUUGCCUACCUUCGAGACCCAUACGGUGAUCCUGAUAUGGAGAUGGAGCUCGAUGGCGUUGGCGGUGUUAGUAUCCUUGCAAAGGCAAAGGUCUUCCGUGCUGGAGUUCAUUUCCCAGCGUUCAGUUUCGAAAAGCAUGCCGAGACUGAAGCAUUCGGCAAGAUGGCCAAACGCAUGGGGUUCUCCGUUGUGGGUCUCCCACAUUAUACCAUCUGGCAUCUUUACGAGCCUAGUGUCGACGAUCUUCGGCACAUGGAGGAAAUGGAGCAAGAGCGCAAGGCUCGCGAAAAGGAAGAGAAGGAACAAGCUGAGCGGUCAGAGCGCGUUAACACUCUGUUCCAGGAUGCUAAAACAGAAUCGGAAAUCGAUAACGCUUUUGUUCGCGACGAUAUGGAAACUAAAGGAAAGGAGCAGAAAGCCUCGGAAGACUCGAAGAAGCCGGAAGCCGAAAGUGUUGAAGAAAUGAAGGCAGAUAAAUCCUCAAAAGCCCCAGAACAAGAAGAACAGAAAGCUCCAGAGCCUCUGAAGAACAAAAACCUGAAAGAUGCUGAAGAAGUAUCUGCAGUAAAGCCGGCUAAGGAAUAG